GAAAUUGUGUGUGGCUUCCUGCGCCGAUCAGCGUUGCUCGCUGUUCACUCUUGUCCACCAGGUGUUUACGUUACAGGACCACGCUCACGACGAUUACGCCGUCCUGAACAACGCACAUCCUAAGCUCCGUAAGGCUAUACCUACUAGCAGUCAUGAGCGGCGUUGCAGGAGACGACCCAAGAGAUCCCGCUGGCGAGACCAAGCUCACCUUCCCUGAAUCAUGGCAAGUUGAAUCCUCUGAUGGUCUCUCGGCAUCUGUGAUGUUCAUUUCCGGUCUCAUCAUGGUCACUCGCAACCGAUAUCUCGCAUGGCCUUCAUUACUGUUGAGUAUCAAUAGCGUCAUUAACCAGCACCCACUCCGAACCAAAGAGGGAGGGAACAGCCCUAUUAGCACGGUCAUAUUAGGUGUCUCCGCCCUCCUUGCAUCCUACUUGCCUCUUGUAAUGAUCGGCCCUCAGAAGCAAGUGCCGUUGCCCGUUCCAGAAGCGCAGUAAUUUAUUCGCAGGUUGUAAUUGUUGUAUUUACGGAUCUCCUAUUGCGUUAGAAUGUUCAUGGAUUUGUAUGG